CCGGAAGUGAACUUCAGUCUAGUUUCGUCGCUCUAUCUAUGACGCGACACAAUCGGUCACCUCCGCCUUCAGAACUUCAAAAUCAAAUAUAGAAGCGACGCACGGACGGCUAACUAGUUAGCUCGCUAAGCUAACCUUUGGCUAGUGACGUCACAAUGUUGUCUCGAAUGUUAUUCUCGCUGCUCAACAACCUCCAUGUAGUUGAGAAGCUGGCAGAAUCUCGCCCGAUCCGCAGGGCAGCACAGAUUACAGCCUACGCCAUCACCAAGGCUCAUAUAUUCGGCCGGGACGCGUCGCAGCGAGUCUUGCGCUCCCAGACGCUGCGACAGGUCCGGGAGGAGGCUGGCAGAGCACCUGGGGACAUGGAGGACGUCGGCAGGCGACUCCGGAAAGUCCGAGAGACAUUUGUCAAGGAAGUGAAGGUCGGGUGGAAAGAUGGAUCCCGCCAAAUUAAGAAGUAAAACUUUAAUGAAUGCCAAUGUCUGCUUUGAAGCUACAGCAGGAUUGCUUGUUGAGCAAUGUGCAUGAGGACAAAGGACAGUAUCUGCAAAGAUGGACACUGAAUUGACUGAGACGGAAAGGUCAACAAUGGAACCAGCUGCUGCUAAGUCACAGCGAAAUUAUGUUAUGUCACACUGACAUUUAAUCAUUAAUUUAUUGUUGUAACUUCUCAGUUUCAAGUACAAUGUGGAUAAAGAUGUUUGCAGUGGUUCUCAAACCAUUUUCAACAAGUACCUCAGAAAAAAAUUCCCACUCCAAGUACCACCAUAAUGACCAACAUUAAAAUUCAGUCACUCA